UCGCCAGAACGGGGAGCCGUUCGAGUUCAUGGCGCUCGACAGCCACAGCGUCUUGAGGCUCUCGGUUUUCGCUGCUAUUCUCCGGGCUAUCAUUCUGCCGCAUCCUGCGAACGCUACAGCGGGAGGCCUCGAGCGGAGGCCCGUGUACAACAUCGCCCACAUGACAAACACGAUUGCCCAAGUGGACGAAGCCAUGGAGCUUGGAGCCAACUCUAUCGAAUCUGACGUCGCCUUCACUUUUAACGGCACCGCGGCCUGGUUUUACCACGGUGUACCGUGUGACUGCUUUCGAAGGUGCCGUCGUCAUCAAGACGUACCCGCUCUUCUGGACUACAUCCGGAAGACGACGUCCACCAAUGGGGGCAUAUACAGCCAGCGUCUGGUUCUCCUCUUCUUGGAUCUCAAGGUUAAGAAAGUGCAUCCAAUGUACAUGCACAACGCGGGUGCUGACAUCGCGGAGAAACUUGUAAAGCAUCUGUGGAGUGGAGUCGAUCCCUGGAGAGCGAUGAAAGUCCUGCUAUCUUCUAGCGACGGCGAAGUUGUCUGGGGAGCGGUGCUGACCAUUUACCGGCUUAUGCCGAUCAUGCUCCGUAACGUAGGUGUAGAUAUUAGCAACAAGAGCGAGCGUCUCCACGCUAUACGGAACGUGUACCUGUCCCUCGGCAUGCUGGGUCAUCGGUGGCAAGGAGACGGCACCACAAACUGCAUCUCGUUCAUGCGGUCGGCUUCGAAGCUGCAAAAGAUCAUCAACAACCGCGAGUUGAACCACCACGUCGAGAAGGUUUACCAGUGGACCAUCGACAUUCCAACGAAACUCCGACGUUCGCUCAGGAAAGGUGUGGACGCCAUUAUCACCAACAGACCGGACCGCCUCGCCACCAUUUUGAAGGAAGAUGAGUUCCGGGGCAUGGUCCGACCCGCCACCAUUUACGACGAUCCCUGGACUCGUUUCGGUGACAAAUCUCCAGUUGCAGGGACGCCCUUCGUGGACGUGGAUGUUGAGGGUCACAGCUGA